AUGCCACAAUUAUCUAAGAGAGUUUUACAACUAAAGAAAAGUCGAGAGAUCAGAAAAGCCAAACACCAAUAUAAUACAAAUAACGAAGCAGAUAAUGAAGUAGAUAAUGAAGUAGAUAAUGAAGCAAGUGACGAAGCAAAUAAUUUCUUUAAAAGACUGCUACAAAUAGUUCCAGAAAUCAAAGAGAUGUCAAAGACAAAUACAAUGGAAAGUUGCAGUUGA